GCCCGAACCCGAAACCCAUAGAAAAACAACACAGGCCCGUUUUACGUCUGGGCAUGUUCUCUCCCCGUCGACUAGCCGGCAAUCGAUCCCAAAACCGCAACCAUAAAUAAAUACCCAAUGGCAACCGCAAACCGCAAAGUACCAGUCAAAUCAUCUAUAACUUAUCAUAUAGAACCUACUACUCUCUGUAGGUAUGCGUUACAGGCCGUAGUAGUCGUUAUGUUACUAUUACUUAAUGAUAUUGAAGAUAUAGCAGCCGAACCGCCCCGUCGAAACCAGCUCGGCAACAAUACACCAAAGACCGCCGACAGCUCCGCACAGAACCCGGUCCCGCUGGGGGGGGGGGGGGGGGGGCACUUCACCCUUCACAAUAUGCAUGAUCACUUUCCGAAAGCCGUCCCGGCUGCCUCUCCAGUAGUCCUGGGAGGCAUCGAGCCCGUCUCUGGAGCCGAGUCGGGUUGGGAGAAGGCGUCCGAGAAGCGAUCCUCAAGUUUUCAACUACAGACAGAACUUACCCGAACCCCGGUAGGGGCGAUACGUCUAUUCGGAGCAUCCCCUUCAACCCCACAUCCCCCCUCCCCUCCCUUCUUCGGCGAGAGACGUUGAUGAACUAAAUACGAAUGGAUAUAUUAUUUCCUUUCCCCCUGUUUACCCUCCCGUUCCCCUCCCUGUUCCCCCGUUCUCCCUUUACCACCGCCCCUCCCCAUUCGCGAACAGGACGAUGUCGAUAUCGCAUGGCGCGCAUUUGACGCUUUAUUUCCUUCUCUCUUCCCUACCUCAUUCCUUUCCUUUUCGUCCCCUCCGUGAUUUCCUUCGUUUUGCUGGCCAGGUAACAGGCAGAUAGGUAUAAUACACCGACCGUCGUCAUCGUACACUAUGGGAGCGGGGAGAAGGGCCGAAUUACCGAAUCGAACUCACGGGCGUGGGCGGGGCGCGUCCAGAGGAGCCGAUAUAGAUCAGAGGAGUUGGGCCCCCCCCGACUCAUCUGUCCCGCGGCAUAGGCGGCAGGCGACAGACGAUGAAACUUUCGCCUCCCUCCAAAUAUAGCCACCCAUAUAUAGAUAUAUAUGCCUAUACAACCAAUGGCGGAUGGCAUUUCGCCGUCCCAGGGAGAAGAGGGAGGAAGGAGGAGGGGUAGGGCCACGAUGUGACCCGUCGUUUUACCUUUUCCCUAACCCCCAUCUGUAUA